CUCGUUAAGAAGACCCCCCAUCCUCAAGUAAAGGUCUCAGAACCACGUUCCUCUCUCUCUCUCUCUGGUUCGUUGACCUAGAGAGUUCGCUUCGACGAAGCGUAAAUCACUGAUUCCAAGCUCGAGAUCUGUUUAAUUACAACCCUCGUUUCACCAAUCCAAGGUCAGAUCUAGUGGAACGAUCAAGACGCGGUCGUGUGGACUCUAAUUCGCAGUAACCUAGUUUGGUUCACGUUUCUGGAGAGGGUUCUGAAUGAUUCGUCGAUUGUUUUCGUUUCUGUUUUUUCAUCUUCUGUCUGUUCCAGAUCUACUCGAAGCAGAAUACGUCGUCUUUUUUGCGAGAACUUAAGUUACAGUUACAAGUCUGUUUUCAGAUCUGGGUUUGAUUGUAUUCCUCCUUCUGUUGCCUGAAUUCAAGUAUUGGAAAUGUCGAUUUUACCGAAAGGCGAUUCGAUUCAAAUCCGUGACGUAUGGAAUGAUAAUCUGGAGGAAGAAUUUGCUUUGAUCCGUGAAAUUGUUGACAAUUAUAAUUAUAUUGCUAUGGAUACCGAGUUCCCAGGCGUGGUUCUUCGGCCCGUGGGUACUUUCAAGAACAUCAAUGACUAUAACUACCAAACACUGAAAGACAAUGUUGAUAUGUUGAAAUUAAUCCAAUUGGGUCUCACUUUCUCCGACGAGCAUGGGAAUCUUCCCACUUGCGGCACCGAUAUGUUUUGCAUCUGGCAAUUCAACUUCCGCGAGUUCAAUAUAAGCGAGGAUAUUUUCGCAAGCGAUUCCAUUGAGUUGUUGCACCAGUCCGGGAUUGAUUUCAAGAAGAAUAACGAGAAGGGCAUUGAUGUGAAUCGGUUCGGUGAGCUUUUGAUGUCGUCGGGGAUUGUUUUGAACAAUAGCGUGCAUUGGGUUACCUUUCAUAGUGGGUAUGAUUUCGGGUACUUGCUUAAAUUGUUGACCUGCCGGAGUUUGCCUGAUACACAAGCGGGAUUCUUUGAUCUGAUCAACAUGUAUUUUCCGAUGGUGUAUGAUAUCAAGCAUCUGAUGAAAUUUUGCAAUAGCCUUCACGGUGGGUUGAACAAGCUUGCGGAAUUGUUGGACGUGGAGAGAGUUGGUGUGUGUCAUCAAGCGGGUUCUGAUAGUUUGCUGACGGCUUGUACCUUUAGAAAGUUGAGGGACACCUUCUUCAAUGGCUCAACAGAGAAAUACGCUGGUGUUUUAUAUGGUCUUGGUGUCGAGAAUGGACAGAGUACCAAUUGAAAGGAAAUAAUUGGGAAAAUAUUGAAGAAUAUUUGUAGACUACUUUAAGUGUGAGACUUUCAGUUCUCUUUGUAAACUGGAAAAAAGUUGUUGAUUUAGUCGUAACUUAUUUUCUGUGCUGGCUUUGUAACUGAAACCUUAACUGGUUUGUAGCCUGAUUUGCGUGUACAUGUUGCAGUUAGUCUUUGAAUAAAAAUUUAAGAUGUUUCUAUGCU